AUAUAAAUCUGCAUAUCUAAUGUUGGAUGCAUUGACAGUUUACCUCCGGACUGACUGCAGAGGAGAAGGCUCCGCUUUAGAAUAUGGUGCCCAACUCCUGUAUUUCAGCAUUCUCUGUACCAGUGGUCGUUCUCUGCUGUUUAAUGGUGACAACGGAAUCAGACAGCAAGCCGACCUUCAUCAAAAUCCCUGAGGACCAGGUUGGGAUAUCCGGUGGAGUGGCUUCCUUCGUGUGCCAAGCCUCCGGGGAGCCCAGGCCACGCAUCACGUGGAUGAAGAAGGGGAAGAAAGUCAGUUCUCAGCGAUUUGAGGUCAUUGAAUUUGAUGAUGGGUCAGGAUCAGUCCUGCGGAUCCAGCCCCUUCGGGUGCACCGGGAUGAGGCCAUCUAUGAAUGCACAGCUACCAAUAGCGUCGGGGAGAUCAACACCAGUGCUAAGCUCACCGUACUGGAAGAGGACCAGCUGCCUCAUGGCUUCCCCACCAUCGAUAUGGGGCCCCAACUGAAGGUGGUUGAGAAGGCACGCACCGCCACCAUGCUCUGUGCUGCCGGGGGUAACCCCGACCCAGAGAUCUCCUGGUUCAAGGACUUCCUCCCAGUGGACACCGCCACUAGCAACGGGCGCAUCAAACAGCUCCGUUCAGGUGGUACACCAAUCAGAGGGGCUCUGCAAAUUGAGAACAGCGAGGAGUCGGACCAAGGCAAAUACGAGUGCGUGGCCACCAAUGCUGCAGGGACGCGCUACUCGGCUCCUGCCAACCUGUAUGUGCGAGUGCGCCGGGUGGCUCCCCGCUUCUCCAUCCCUCCGAGCAACCACGAGGUGAUGCCAGGCGGAAGCGUGAACCUGACCUGCGUGGCAGUGGGGGCCCCCAUGCCCUACGUGAAGUGGAUGGCCGGGGCCGAGGAGCUCACCAAGGAGGACGAGAUGCCGGUGGGUCGCAACGUCCUGGAGCUGAACAAUAUUGUCCACUCUGCCAACUACACGUGUGUGGCCAUCUCUUCCCUGGGCAUGAUCGAGGCCACCGCCCAGAUCACCGUCAAAGCUCUGCCCAAGCCACCCUCGGAGCCACUGGUGACCGAGACCACCGCCACCAGUGUCACCCUCACCUGGGACUCCGGCAAUGCGGACCCCAUUUCCUACUAUGUGAUCCAGUACAAGCCCAGGUCGUGGGACGGCCAGUUCCAGGAGAUCGAUGGGGUGGCCACAACACGCUACAGCAUCGGGGGCCUCAGCCCCUUCUCUGAGUAUGAGUUCCGGGUCCUGGCGGUGAACAACAUAGGGCGGGGUCCCCCGAGUGACUUGGUGGAGGCCCGAACGGGCGAGCAGGCCCCGUCCAGCCCCCCGCUGAAGGUGCAGGCCCGCAUGCUGAGUGCCAGCACCAUGUUGGUGCAGUGGGAGCCUCCGGAGGAGCCCAACGGACAGAUUCGAGGGUAUCGGGUCUACUAUACCACUGACUCCCACCUGCCGCUGAAUUCCUGGCAGAAACAUAACACGGACGACAGCCACCUCACCACUGUAGGCAACCUGAUCACUGGCAUCACCUACAGCAUCCGGGUGCUGGCCUUCACCUCUGUGGGGGACGGGCCGCCCUCAGACAUCAUCCAGGUCAAGACGCAGCAAGGAGUGCCGGCCCAGCCCGCCGACUUCCAGGCCGAAGCCGAAUCUGACACCAGGAUACUGCUGACGUGGUUGCUGCCCCCUCAGGAACGCAUCAUCAAGUAUGAGCUGCUCUACUGGGAAGGAGAAGAUGGGAAGCAGGAAAAGGUGACCUUUGACCCCACGUCCUCUUACGCCGUGGAAGACCUGAAGCCAGACACCCUGUACAAGUUUAGCCUCGCCGCACGCUCAGACAUGGGCGUGGGAGUGUACACUCCGACCGUUGAGACCCGCACCGCCCAAUCCACCCCCUCCGCCCCACCCCAAGAAGUCGAGUGUGUAAGCACCAGCUCCACCACGAUCCGGGUAAGUUGGGUGCCUCCGCCCGCUCCGAGCCGCAACGGGGUCAUCACCCAGUAUUCCGUUGCCUACCAGGCAACGGAGGGAGAGGACGUCGCCCGGCACGUGGUGGACGGGAUCGGACGGGAGAGUUCCAGCUGGGAGAUCAAGGACCUGGAGAAAUGGACAGAGUACAAGGUGUGGGUACGGGCCCACACGGACGUGGGGCCCGGCCCGGAGAGCCCCCCGGUGCGGGUGCGCACUGACGAGGACGUGCCCAGUGCCCCCCCACGGAAGGUAGAGGUGGAAUCAGUGAAUUCAACAUCCAUCCGGGUCUCCUGGAAGGUGCCGCUCCCCAACAAGCAGCACGGCCAGAUCCGGGGCUACCAGGUCACGUAUGUGAGGCUGGAGAACAACGAGCCACGCGGCCAACCUGUCAUCAAGGACGUCAUGUUAGCCGAAGCCCAGUGGCGACCCGAGGAGUCUGAGACCUAUGAAACCAGCAUCAGCGGCCUGACACCCGAAACCACGUAUUCCAUCACCGUUGCUGCUUACACCACCAAGGGAGAUGGCGCCAGGAGCAAACCCAAGAUCAUCACCACCACAGGGGCGGUCCCAGGCAGACCCACCAUGAUGAUCAGCACCACGGCGAUGAAUACGGCUCUAAUCCAGUGGCACCCGCCCAAAGAGCUGCCGGGCGAGCUGCUGGGCUACCGGCUGAAGUACCGGCGGGUGGAUGAGGAGAAGCCCAAUACCAUAGACUUUGGCAAGAACGACCACCACUUCACGGUCACCGGGCUACACAAGGGCACCACCUAUAUCUUCAAGCUGUCGGCCAAGAACAAGGCCGGCCCCGGCGAGGAGGUUGAGAAGGAGAUCGCCACCCAGGAGGACGUGCCCAGCGGCUUCCCCCAGAACCUGCGCGUGGUCGGCCUCACCACGUCCACCACUGAGGUCACCUGGGACCCCCCGAUGCUGGCAGAAAGAAACGGGAGGAUCACCAACUACACCGUGGUCUACCGGGACAUCGACAGCCAGCAGGACCUCCACAACAUCACCGCCGACACCCGCCUCACCCUCACGAACCUCCGGCCGGACACCACCUACGACAUCAAAGUCAGGGCCCGCACCAACAAGGGGCCCGGCCCGCUCAGCCCCAGCAUCCAGUCGCGGACGGUUCCAGUGGACCAAGUGUUUGCCAAGAACUUCCGAGUGAAUGCAGUGAUGAGAACCUCUGUGCUGUUGAGCUGGGAAAUGCCUGACUCCUACAAAUCUGAGAUGCCUUUCAAGAUCCUGUACAACAGCGCUAGCGUGGAGGUGGACGGACACUCAAUGAAGAAGCUCAUCGGCAACCUGGAGCCGGACACCGAGUACUCCUUCGUGCUGAUGAACCGGGGCAGCAGUGCCGGGGGCCUCCAGCACUUGGUGUCCAUCCGCACGGCCCCCAACGUGCUGCUCCACAAGCCGGUGUCCAGCAACAAGUACAUCGAAGAUGGACGCUUCACCCUCACCCUCCCCAAAGUCCAGACCUCUGCCUCUGUCAGGAGCUACUACAUCGUGGUUGUGCCCCUCGAUCGCAGCAGCAGCCUCUCCACCCGAGGGAAGUCACCUGAUGAGAUGGAGCUGGAUCAGUUACUGGAUGCCAUAAGCCAGGGUGCCCAGGCCCGCCGUCAAAGGCGCCAGGCAGACCAGCUGAAGCCGUACAUCGCCGCCCAGGUGGACGUGCUUCCGGACACCUUCACCUUGGGAGACGAGAAGACCUAUAAAGGCUUCUACAACAAGCCGCUCUCUCCAGACCUGAGUUACCAGUGCUUUGUGCUGGCCUCGCUGGAGGAUGGGGACACGAAGCGGUAUGCAGCCAGCCCCUACUCGGAUGAGAUUGUGGUGGAGGUGUCAUCGGCCAAGCAGCAGGACGAGCCAGAGAUGCUGUGGGUGAUGGGCCCCGUCUUGGCCGUCAUCCUUAUCAUCAUCAUCGUCAUCGCCAUCCUCCUCUUCAAAAGGAAGAGGGCCCACUCCCCAUCCUCCAAGGACGAGCACUCCAUCGGGCUAAAAGACUCACUCCUAGCCCACUCCUCGGAUCCGGUGGAGAUGAGGCGCCUCAACUACCAGACUCCAGGUUCCAGUGUCCCCCGUUGCCCGAAUAUCUCAAGUAUGAGGGACCAUCCGCCCAUCCCUGUCACCGACCUGGCUGAUAACAUCGACAGGCUGAAAGCCAACGACGGGCUCAAGUUCUCCCAAGAGUACGAGUCCAUUGACCCGGGCCAGCAGUUUACCUGGGAGAACUCAAACCUGGAAGUGAACAAGCCUAAGAAUCGUUACGCCAACGUCAUCGCCUAUGACCACUCCCGCGUGAUUCUCACCUCCAUUGACGGGGUCCCAGGCAGCGACUACAUCAACGCAAACUACAUAGAUGGGUACCGGAAACAGAACGCCUACAUUGCCACCCAGGGGCCCUUGCCAGAGACGCUCAGCGACUUCUGGCGGAUGGUGUGGGAGCAGAGGACAGCCACCAUCGUCAUGAUGACGCGCCUGGAGGAGAAGUCUCGGGUGAAGUGUGACCAGUACUGGCCGAGCCGGGGCACCGAGACCUACGGCCUGAUCCAGAUCACGCUGCUGGAUACGGUGGAGCUGGCCACCUACACUGUUCGCACCUUCGCGCUUUUCAAGAGCGGCUCCAGUGAGAAGCGGGAGCUGCGGCAGUUUCAGUUCAUGGCGUGGCCCGACCACGGGGUUCCCGAGUACCCCACCCCCAUCUUGGCCUUCCUGCGCAGAGUCAAGGCUUGCAACCCCCCAGACGCCGGCCCCAUGGUGGUGCAUUGCAGCGCCGGCGUGGGACGUACGGGCUGCUUUAUUGUCACGGACGCCAUGCUGGAGCGCAUGAAGCAUGAGAAGACCGUGGACAUCUACGGCCACGUGACCUGCAUGCGCUCCCAGCGCAACUACAUGGUGCAGACGGAGGAUCAGUACGUGUUCAUCCACGAAGCGCUCCUGGAAGCCGCUGCCUGCGGCCACACCGAAGUGCCGGCCCGCAGCCUCUACGCCCACAUCCAGAAGUUGGGCCAGGUGCCUCCGGGUGAGAGCGUCACCGCCAUGGAGCUGGAGUUCAAGCUACUCGCCAACUCAAAAGCCCACACCUCCCGCUUCAUCAGCGCCAACCUGCCUUGCAACAAGUUCAAGAACCGCCUGGUGAACAUCAUGCCCUACGAGCUGACCCGCGUCUGCCUGCAGCCCAUCCGCGGGGUUGAGGGCUCGGACUACAUCAACGCCAGCUUCAUCGACGGCUAUCGGCAGCAGAAGGCUUACAUUGCCACCCAGGGGCCUCUGGCCGAGAGCACCGAGGAUUUCUGGCGCAUGCUCUGGGAGCACAACUCCACCAUCGUGGUCAUGCUGACCAAGCUAAGGGAGAUGGGCCGGGAGAAAUGCCAUCAGUACUGGCCCGCAGAGCGCUCGGCUCGGUACCAGUAUUUCGUGGUGGAUCCCAUGGCUGAGUACAACAUGCCCCAGUACAUCCUGCGGGAAUUCAAGGUCACCGAUGCCCGGGAUGGCCAGUCAAGAACGAUCCGCCAGUUCCAGUUCACAGACUGGCCAGAGCAGGGCGUGCCCAAGACUGGGGAAGGCUUCAUUGACUUCAUCGGUCAGGUGCACAAGACCAAGGAGCAAUUUGGGCAGGAUGGGCCCAUCACUGUGCACUGCAGUGCUGGGGUUGGCCGCACCGGGGUGUUCAUCACCCUGAGCAUCGUCUUGGAGCGGAUGCGAUACGAGGGCGUGGUGGACAUGUUCCAAACUGUGAAGACCCUGCGGACCCAGCGGCCAGCCAUGGUGCAGACAGAGGACCAGUAUCAACUGUGCUACCGCGCGGCACUAGAGUACCUGGGCAGCUUUGACCACUAUGCAACGUAACUAGCGCUUUCCUCUCGGGACCAGCGGGGCGUCCGGGAGCGGGGCCGAGCUCCUUCUGAGCCAUAGCCACCAUUGUUCAGCCCUUCUGUACAGCCGCUGUUGCCAGGCAGCAGACUUCCCACCGCCAACCAACGCCGACCACAGCGUGUAGGAACGUUGCCACAGCAAAGUCUGAAAACCCAAAGCAUUUCCAAUCGCCAGUGAAAUUUUCUGCAUCCUCAACAUGCACAUUUCUCUCUCUCUCUGUUCCGCUACCGCGUUUCACAGUGCUGUUUCUCACGGGGAUGGGGGCAGAACCUUUUUUAUACAUUAAAUAGAACAGACCCGGUGGUUUUUAUAAUCCCUAUCUCUCUCCCUUUUUUUUCCUGUGAGUCAAACAUUUUGCCAAGGCAGAAUGGACCACAUCACUCUGGGUUUGGGCAGGAUUUGGGGUUUUGUUUUUUAAUUAGUUCACUUUCUACCUUUGCUUUCCAAAGAAAAGCCACCUUUCUUUCCCUUGAGCCCAUGCCAUGGUGGCAGGGGCUGCCUGUUCUUGUCCACUGAAAACAUAGCCCAGCUGUGAUGAAACACCCACACCCCCCGGCUCCAAUCUGUGGCGGCUUUUUACUCCCGAGUCAUAUUAUUAAGUUUCUUGGAACUGGAGAGAAAUUGCCGGUGAUUAUUUUUUUCUUAAAGCCUUUUACUACGUCCUCUGAUCGGUGAGGGAAGGGGGCGAGGAGAUGGGGAAAUACUUGGUUCAGUCAUUCGCCUUUGAAAAUGCCUGUUUCACAACAAUCCCGUGCUAAUGAUGUGUCUGGGGAAGCCCUGCUCCGGUGUUCCCCGUCAUCAUCAUGUUUUGCUAAGAUGAAAAGUAAUAAUCAGAAAACCCCAGGUCUCCGAACGGAGCUCCUGGGCCAGGGGGAGCAGGGCUGGCACGUGUGUACACACGUGUGCCUGCGUGACGGGGAUGGAGCGCACGUCUCAUCGAAUCUGCUCGGAGUCAGAACUCUGAACCUGGAGACGUGUUGCUCUUUGUUUUCGUUGAGGUUCGGGGUUGGCAGACAGCGUGACUGGACCACCGUUGCCUGGGUGAUUUGGUACCAAUGAAUUGACUCAGAGUUUUACAAAAGGAAAAAGAGCACAAUUCUGAGCACAAUCCUGAGGGUUAUUUUGGGGAGCAAUGCACUCUUCAGGUAAG